UCAAAUUGUGCUUGUCAUACGAAAGAGACCGGUGUCCUCAUACAUUAAGACAUAACUGGAACUUAACUGGUGAGCAAGUAGAGUUGGCUGCAGAGCGGUCCUUACUACAGUGAAGACGCACACAUUGCCUAUACAUUUUCUGUGAAACUGGAUAAUUUUCUAGAUGGAUAUAGUGUUUUGUAAUACUUUGGGAAGAUUUACAUGCCAAAGCUGGGGAAACGUGUUGGAAAAUCACAAGCUUUGUCGCGAAGCUUUAAAGUUCUCGCCACAAUAAUUGGCUAUCGAAUGGACCAACAUCCUAGCGCCCGGAGCUGCACCAGCCGCGGGGCUCAGUCCUGCGAGGCCGUCCCGAGUGAACCCUCCAUGAAUUUGUAUAUCCAUUCCACAACCGGUACACGCUUCGAGCUUUCUCUUCCCCUGGAGGAGACUGUGGAAGGACUGAAAAGAAGACUUUCUCAGAGACUUAAAGUACCAAAAGAAAGACUCGCCCUUCUUCAUAAAGAAACGCGUUUAAGUUCCGGAAAACUUCAGGACCUAGGGAUCUCUGAUGGGAGCAAGUUAACUCUUGUGCCUACAGUUGAAGCAGGCUUAAUGUCUCAAGCAUCAAGACCAGAACAAUCCGUGAUGCAAGCUUUGGAGAGUUUAACAGAAACUCAGGUCAGCGACUUCCUGUCCGGCCGCUCUCCCCUGACCCUGGCGCUGCGGGUGGGCGAUCACAUGAUGUUCGUCCAGCUGCAAUUGGCGGCCCAGCAGUCCGGAGGUCAGCAGAUACAGCACAGGCACCUUAUCGCCCGCGGGGGCCCAGAGGGGACCAUGGGACCGUCCAACGGAGCACCUGGAGGGUCCAUGGGCGGGCAUCACCCCCGCGUCCCCACCCCUCACCACAACCCCCACCAUCACCCCCACGCCUGCCCCCACCCCAGUCCCCACCUGUCCCAGCCCCACCCCGUGUCCCACACCAGCUCAGCGGCCCCCCCCUCUGCCCCGUCACACCAGCACUCUCCUCCCAUGUACCCCGCCUCCUCCUCAAGUCACUGCGCCUCUCCUCCCCCUGCUCCUCGUCCCACCCAGCUGCCCGCUAGUCUUUUUAGUCGCUCCCACCAGCCCUCCUCGGGUCGACCCAGCCCGGCCGCCGUCCCGCAGAGCACCCACAACCCAGUUCCCUGCCCUGAGGCCUCCUGUAGUUCUAAGAGCCCCAGUAACGGAGUCAGUGCUUCAGGCCGCUCCUCCUCCCGCAAACCAGGUGCCAUUAUCGAAAGCUUCGUCAACCACGCUCCUGGGGUUUUCUCAGGGACUUUUUCAGGCACUUUGCAUCCUAACUGUCAGGACAGCACCGGACGGCCCCGGCGAGACAUCAGCACCAUCCUGCAGAUCCUCAAUGACCUCCUGAGUGCGACGCGCCACUACCAGGGCGUGCCCCCCUCCCUCACCCAGCUCCGCUACCAGACCCAGUGUGGCUCGCCCUCGCCAGCCUCCCCCUCGCCCUCGCCCCCUCCCUCGCCUCCCGCCACCGCCGCUGGCAUCGCCGGCCUCUCUGCCAAAGCUACCUCGGUGCCCGCCAGCAACCCCAUCUCACCCCCCCUCCACCCGCUGGUGCAGUGCCAGAGCCAGAUCCGGAUGUGCAAGCCCCCUGGUGAUCGUGUGCGCCAAACGGAGAACCGCGCGACGCGCUGCAAGGUGGAGCGUCUGCAGCUUCUGAUGCAGCAGAAGCGCCUGCGCAGGAAGGCGAGGCGGGACUCCCGGGCGCCCUACCACUGGCUGCCCAACCGCAAGGCGGGACGCAGCAGCAGCAACAGCAGCAUGUCCAGUGAGGGCUCCAUGGACCUGGACUUCGAAGACUCCGUGUGGAAGCCUGACGUCAAGGCCGACAUGAAGUCUGAGUUCGUCAUGGCGUAGCGACAGCGGCGAGGAUAGUGUUGGGCUGGAUAGUGGGCAGGCGUCGGAGGACUCCCGGACUGAGCGAGGGGAAGUUGGAUGUGGUUUCAGAGUCGUAGGGAACAGUCUGGAGUGUAGAGCAGGAAGAAAGAGAGGGAAGAGAGCUAGUCAUCCCCUUCACAAACCGUGACAACCAACCGUCACACCAAAAGGAUCUUCAUCUUGUCAUGUCCUCCACAGCCUCCUACCAUUAGAAAUAAACAACAGACACAACAGACUGACGUCUGGACUGGGAACGGAUAUGUCUGUACUUAAAAGACUACAGUUAUGCAUAUAGACUGCAAAUAUGUACUGCCUAUAAGGAAAACAAAAACUGAACUAAGCAUAGCAGACAUGGAUGGUGGUGGUGUUUCUUUUUGUCUUUUUGUUCAAUUUUUUUUUUUUUUCAAGGAGAACUCUGGAGAGAGAUCCACACUGGACUUGUGAGCAGAAGUGAUGGUUGCUGGGGCUGUGGCAUAACUGUAAACAGGACAGACAGACAACCAGAAAACCCCUGGCCCCAGAGCCAUCUCUGGACUACUCUAAAGGGCAUUCUAGGUCUCCACUUCAUCGACCAGAGUCAACUUUUUACUUGUAGGGUUAUCUUUUUAUUUCCAUUUGAAACGUAUUAUAAUUUUAUUUUUUUCUAAACAAAUAUGUAGCAUUGUUCACAAAGCAUUCAGGUUUUCAUAAACAGUUUAAAAAGUAGUCGUUGAUUUGCACAUUUUUCAUGAUUUUGGAACAGCAGGUCAGAGUGCAGGAAGCGGGUUAUGAGGAAAUGGGGUUUUGACUAAAGUUCAGAUUAUUACCUAAAAAGCAACCUCAGUAUCAUACACUAGGGUAUUAAUAGGAAUUAAUAAUAAAUAAACAAAAUAAAUAUUAAUGGAGUGCUUUAGAGGAUUUAAAAUGCUGAUUUAAAAAUGUAUAUGAAAAAAAUAUAUUUUUAUUUCACCUUUCAUUUACUGUUUUCAAAAAACAGUAGCCCAGUAUGGCUUGGGUCAAGCCAUUCAUUAAAUUGAUUACGUUAUUCAUUCAAUCAUUCAUUAGCUUAUUCACUCAUUAGGGUCAUAAACCACAAAGAAAUUAUGGAGAAAAUGUCCCUUGGAACCCCAGCUUGUGUGAAACUCAAAUCUGCGUGGUACUUGGCAGAGAUUUUAUAAGAGAAUGUGUGGGUGUUUGUGUGUGACAUUUGUGUAUAUUCAUUGAGAUGGCUGAUUUGCUCCUUUUGCCACUCAAAUCAUGAAGGUUUAGUACAGUUAAAGCUAUACAUUUCUUACCUUUCAAAUGGUAUAGACAUAUUUGCCAUGCAUUCCUUUCUGAACAAACAUCACAGUUUAUUAAACAAGGCCCUUAUUAGAAAUAAUUGAUUAUGUCAAAAUACUUUCUAGUACUGGAGAAGAGAAGUGGAAGAAUGCUAAGAAAUCCCAAGCAGGGAACCUGUCUCCACUUUCAUCAACUAGUGCCUCCACCAGUGGAUUCACUCACAUAUCAGAUUAGGCCUUUCACAGACUUACUAAGCAAUUUGCUGCUACAUGGGACUUUGGUAGACGUGGGAAAAAGUCAAUUUUCUUUGCAUGCAAAAAGUGUGAAUUAUCCAGAUCUUUUUAUUGAUGGAAGAAAAUACAAAUAUGAGAAACUGGUGCUUUGGAGAGGAGGGAAAAAAAAUGCAUGAAUUUGUGAAGAAAUAAUGCUCAGCUGCUUUUGUUGGUUAGGUUUUUAUUUUCUAGGAACAGCAGCGGUGUCUUGCUCCAAGUAGUCUCAAAGCAAACCAAAACAAAUGAAGUAAGACUGGACUCAUAUCUUGCUCACCCUGAACAUUCCCUGGACUGUGAAGAUCAUGAGAGCAGAGAGCAGCUGUUUUCCUCCCUGAACGCUGGAUCAGACAACACGGCUCUCCUCAGCUCGGAGACAAGGACCCAGGCAGCAACCAACCCAAGCCCCUCUUAGCCUAAUCGGUAACAUAUUGUUCAGCGAGGUGCGUGUUUGGGACGGGGGAAACGCUCAUUGGAUCAGCGUACGCACCGAACCCAAACGUGUACGAAGAAACCCAAUGUCUGAUCACCUUACCAUGAUUGCACUCACACAGUUUGCAGUGAGAGAGAACCUGUUUGGUGAACCUCUUCUUUUUUUAAGUGGCCUUACCUUUAACUAAAUGAGACGUGGGGACUGGGGGACAGGGUGGGACGUUAGUUUCUUUCUUUACGUGUGUUUUGUCGACACCAUUGUCACUGAAGAUUCGGGCAUCUUCUGUUUGUGCUUUUAGCGGGUGGAGUCUCUAUUAUGUCAAGGCUUCUGUGCCUUAAAUGUUGCCCUUGCAGUGUGCUUCAGAUAUAUGAUGAACAAAUCAUUUCCAUCGAUUUAAUUGAUUAAUUAAGAGGCUGUAACCACUUGGAAGCUUUAGUUUUUAGGGGUAAGCACGUUGAGGGAUGAUAUCAAUGCGCUUGUUAUCGGUGUUCCUAAACCUAUCUUCCCAUUUUCUCUCCAUUGUGUUGCCAUGUUUGUUGGUCUUUUUGUGGACCCCCCCCCCCAAACCCCCCACCCCACACACACAAUCUGUCCUGCCCACCAACAAGCUGAGAAGCAACAAUUUGGCAAUGCAAAGUACCUGGCAGAGGUUUUGACUGCAGUGUGCUACCAUGGCAUAAAAAGCGCCCUGAUUCUAACUGGAUAGGUGUCCUCUGAGGACGAGACCACAUGACAUGCACUUCCUGUCUCCUUGGAAAACACAUUUCAAAGGACAAUUGACCCUCCCCCUCCCCAAUUUAAUUUAAUUUUUUUUUAUAUAUGUAUGGAUUAUACUCUGUGUGUGCCUCACUUAUGUGUGAAAAUUAAAGGAAAAAAAAACUCAACAUAAAAAGAUGACUUGGGAUGAGAUAAUGGGACAAAGGAGAAGGGUGGGAAGGGAAUUUAGAAAAACAGUUUAUUGGUGGAGUUCUGAUCACAUCAUUUAAGUUGCCUGUUCUUUCUUGUAGCCAACCAUUGAAAAUAAUAACAAGAGUCAAGAAUACAAUUUACAAUGUUCUAGCUAUAGACCGCUGUAGCACACGUGUGACUGUGUUAAUUUAUGAAACCAAAAUGGUAACUGUGAAUUAUGUAUUUCUUUGUGCAUUUUUUUUUUUUUUUUUUUUUUUUUUAAGUGGGAGAAGGUGGGUGGGACAUAGCCACAACUGAUGUCUAUGUCUUAUUUUGUUUUUGGUGGAAUAUAACGGAAAUCAUGUUUCCCAAAAAAAAAAAAAAAAAAA